AUGGAUGCGUUCGUACAGCGGCUGCCGCGGCCUCGACCACAGCCGCCGUCGAGGUCGCCCACCCGGCCGUCGCCACUGGGUGAACGCCCCGCAAAGAAGGUCAAGGUCGAGAUUGCGGAUAGCGAUGAUGAUGACGACGAAGACGAGGCUGACACCUCUGGAAUCACCGUCAACGAUGUCUCUGACGCUGAAGACGAGAAGGAUCGCCACGUGCGCCAGACUGCGAUUGAGAGUGCGCUGCCGCCGGUGCAGGUGGACAAGGAGGCGAUUGAGGAGUACGAGUUGAUGAGGAGCUCUCAGGUCAGUGUGCCUGACGAGGAAGAAAAGGAUGCUGGGGCGGAGAGGAAGUGGGUGAGAGGCAAGAGCUCCAUCUAUGUGGACGCCUUUAACCUUGCGUUGGAUACCGUCUUGGCGGACGAGGCGCACUUGUUUGAUGCGAAGGAAGCUCAUGUAUUUGAGCAGUGGAAGCAGCUGGACUAUGAAGCGCAGUAUCUGUGGGUGUUGCCUGCUAUCGAGAGUCUCCAAGAGGUCAGAGACUUGCCAGAAGUCGAUGUUUCACCAGACGGUAACCCGGUAGAGGGUGUCGAUCUUGAAGAGUUCAGUCUCAACGACACCUUCACUUUUGCGGAUGCGUCCGAGGAGCACAUCACCACCAUUGAAGAGGCCGCAUCGCUGCUAAGUCUGGACGAGCUCAAAGACCUGGCAAAGGAGGCCAGAUUUCAGGGGCGCAACAAGGCAGACCUGAUCAAGGCGCUGUGCCGCACCGGUUAUCAGCAGACGGGCCUCUUCGCACAUGGGCUUCAGAGGUCUGCUAGUGGAGAUUCACCAAACGCCAGAGGUCUCAUGGGAGAUGGACGGGACACCCCGCCACACCUCAGCAGGCAGGACUCGAACCAGACGGGGCACUUUUUGGAGAAGAUCAGAGCCAUCAUUGGCCCUUGCAUUAGGCUUUCACCCCUGACUUACAAGCUUUUCGAGAGGGUCCACCUUGUUUUCUAUCGGUCGGCAGAGUGGACAGAGAAGUCUUUGACGGCAAUCAUCCUCGCCAGUAUCGCCAGGCGGAACUAUCCCGAGUACAUUGUCUGCCGAAGUACCAACAUCUUUGCCUCCCGUAGGCACGUACUCGAAUUCGAGGCCGCGAUCCGCGUGGAGGCUGACGUUGACUCCGUUCUGGAAUUCAACGGACCACCUGGAGAGGCAGGGUUUCGCAAGAUUGUUGACAUCUUCGAGCGUGUAUAUCCGCGUUGGAAGAUGCUCCUGAGCGAAGAGCAGGAGAAGGAGGCGCGGGUCUAUGAAGAGGGUGAAGGCGCAUACCUGAGAAGGUUUACUCCUGUCCACUCCUACACUCGCAUCGUUCACAAAGCUGCCUAUGUGUUUGGAAAGCUGAAGGAUCAUGAACGCGAGCACUCUCUUCUUACUGAGCUUCUAGGUCAGCAUCUAUUUCAUCCGGCGAGACGAGGUAGCUGGUACCAGCGGAAGGCUCUUCUGGAGGAGCACUACAUGCAUGCCCUCGACGGCAACCCAGUCUCAGCGGACCCGGAUAUACAGAAAAAGCACUGGAAGCGUAUCGCUGCCGCGACUUGCGAAGCAGGCCUCCAAGAUAAUGAUUGCCACUUGAUAUUCCACUACGAUUUGCAGAAGCGCCUAAUCAAGCUAGAGAAGCAGCUGCGCAUACCCCGCCGACUCCAACACGACUUUGGCCAUGUUCGCCUUCAAAAGCCCGUCGAGCAUACGGUGGAAGGCAUACAAAUCAAGAAGGAAGACCUUCAGGGCAGGAACGGCCGGCAAGCCAGCACCAAAACGAUCUGGGUUGACGAGCUGGAAGAAGGCGGCGAGUGCAGCGUCGAGGAAAUGUGCCUCAGCUCGUACCGCAGCCACGGGUAUAAAGGCUUCCACGCCGAGGGCGGCAUCGUCCGCACCCUCUUCGCGUACCUGUUUUACGACAUUCUGUUCUUGUAUAUACCAAACGUCUUCCAGACGGCGUACCAGACGUGUCCGCUGGACCUGCACACCGACUCCUUCUAUCCGACUCGCGCCUCCGAGAUCAACCACCGGCUGGUGGACAUUGCAAACGGCGGAGCAGAGCGCAUCAUCCGCGAGGUCGACGACCGGGAGCGUGAGAGGCGGACAUGUGUCAUUGGGCUCAACUGGGACUACGACGUCGAGGAUCUCGUGGAGCUGGUGAGCUGUUUCGACGGCAGCGCGCUGGCGGCUCUGUGCAAGGUCAUGGCGCAGGAGUACCGGCAGCGCGGCGGGGGCUUGCCGGAUCUGAUACUCUGGCGGACGGAGCCGGAGAAAGAGGUCAUGUUCGCGGAGGUCAAGAGCGCGAACGACCGGCUGAGUGAUACCCAGCGGCUGUGGAUUCACGUGCUCACGGGGGCUGGGGUGAAGGUCGUGCUCUGCAAUGCUGUGGCUAAGGAGGUCCGGAUUGUGGAUUGA